AUGGAUAUAUCUUCAAUUUUGAAUAACUCAGUAGAGAAAAAAGUAAAAGUGAAAAGAAACAAUCAAACAAAACAUGGACCACAGCAAUGCCAAAUUUGUGGAAAAGUAUUCGGAAAUGCUUCUGCUUUAGCAAAACAUAAAUUAACUCAUAGCAAUGAAAGAAAAUAUAUCUGUACAACUUGUACAAAGGCUUUUAAACGACAAGAUCAUUUAAAUGGUCAUCUUUUAACACAUAGAAAUAAGAAACCGUUCGAAUGUGAUCAACCAGGAUGUGGAAAAUCAUACUGCGAUGCACGAUCUCUUAGAAGACAUAUUGAAAACCACCACAAAUGUGGAAUAAACGUAGGAACAAGUAAAACAAUCAUAUCGUCAACUAAUAAUGGAAAUACAAAUCAGCUUGAUACGUUACAAACAAAAAGUUGUGAAAUGAGGCCCAGAACAUGGAACAUUCAAAUGAAGCUCCAAAAUACUCUUAGUUAUGAAUCAGGGCCGUCAGAUAUCUUACAAAUAAGUGACAAUACAAGUCAAAAAUUGUUGGUGGAAUGUCAUCUUUGUCAUAGGAAUUUUAAAAAUAUUCCAGCUUUAAAUGGCCAUAUGCGACUACAUGGAGGUUAUUUGAAAAAAGACUUAGAAAAAGUGAAGAAAGUUCCUCACCUCAUUACAGCCAGUGUUGGUGUUAGAGCAUUGAUUGGAGAAAAAAUUUAUAACAAACGAAACAUUGAUCAGAUUCUGGUAACACCUACUUUGCCAGCAAGUAUAAAACACCAACCAACAAUUCUAGCGGAGCGAGAAAUUCCAAAUGAUCUUCCAAAAGAGGAUAGCCAACCUAGCAUUUUGUUAGACUCAAAAAUUAAUAGGCAACAAGUGCUCAUUCCAAUCCAAUUGCAUAGACGAAAAUCUUUUCCAGAAAAGGCUGAGCAAGAGUUAGUAAAGUCUCAAUAUGACCAUUCACAUCUUGAUACCAACAAAAAUUUAAGGCAAAUUGUCUAUUCUCUCGAUACGAUAAAUACCUCAACGAAUCUUGAGGACCUCAAAAAGAUUUUUAACAUGCAAGUUAUUCAGAAAGAUAUAUCGAAUAUAGAUAUAAAAGAUUGUCCAAAAUAUGCAAUUGAUGAUUUAAUAUCUUUGAAAAACUUUGGAAAUGAUUUAACAAUUAAAACAACUAAUUCAAACUCAACAAGAUACGUUCUAAAUACAAGUAAUAAAUUAGAUCAGUCAUAUUUAAUGUGCGGAUCUGAUGAGAAUGUCUCAAAGCGGUACAGCAUGAUAAUGGUGUAUCAGAAACAUGUUUAUGGAAUCCAGACUGUGUAA